AUGGUGGUUCUUUCCUUGUUGGAGAACGUCAGGGAUGCAGCGACUCGCCUGAUACCAACGCCGUAUACAGACAUCGUGGAGGAGGCCACGCAGCCGCAGUUGUUCGAGCCACAGUAUAGAGCCGUGUCCAUUUUGUGCAGCGGCGCGAACAGCGGCAAUGAUGCGGCGGUAGACGUGGUGCGGGCUGUUCGUCGACGCAUCACGGACAGUGAUGCCAAGGUGCAGUUUCUAACGAUCCUCGUCCUUGACGCGUUAGUGAAGAAUUGUGAUGUUGCGGUGCACCUUGAGUUGGCCUCACAGAAGGGGUUGCUGCGGGAUCUGCAGAACGUCGCCACGCGAACAUCGUGCGUCACUGAGAAGGAGCGCAUGGCAAAGAGGGCCGCUCUGACACUCAUUUUGAACCUCUCCAUUUGGUUUACUGGUCACCCGGAUGGGCGACUGUACAUAUUGACGACAAUAAGCGAUGAUGUGCGGCAUGUGAUGGGCCCAAACGCAUUUGAAGGGAUUCACCCGGACACCAACACACAUAUAAUCCCUGCAGCGAACCGCACGCGACAGCGAAGUAGACCUGAGGCUCGCGGGCAGACGAAGCCAGCUCGACAGCGUCAGCAGCGGCAGGAAGGACCCAUUGUGGACGCUGUGGGCAUCAACUACCCAACGGAGGAGGAGCUUGCCGCCAUGCUAGAUUGUUGCAUGACCCUGGCAGAGUAUUUGAACAACGCAAAGGUUCAGCCGGAUGGCUCCAUUGAGGCCGAUGAUGUUAUUUGUGGGUUUCGUAAGAAAAUACUGGAAGACCAAAAGCUGGUGGCGGUGCUUCUCAGCUCUGACCUCAACCUUGACAACCGCGACAUUUUACGUGAUGUGUCCGGUGGCCAAACCGCCCUUAUCCGGCGACUGGAGACGGACGUGAAGUUAUGUUCGGACCAAACUUCCGCACCCAGUCGAACCACCGAUGUGGCCGCGACGGAAACGUAUUUUUCCCAAGUGGCGACACCUACUCCCCCGUCUGCUGCUGGAAGUCAAGGGGCCGAAAAGACGACGGCGAUGAAGCCACCCAUGCCCCAAGUGGAGCCUGCUGCAGUUCCCAUGGCCCUAGCAGAGGCAGCGCAAGGAGCUAUAAGCACGGUGCAAGAGUCUGAACCGUCGCCUGUGCAACAGACGUCAAAUGACAUGGAAAAUCUUUUUCUGGCUGAGCCUGCUCGUGUCAACGGUGCGGAUCCACCGCCAGCCGAGGCGGACGCCCCAUUGCCAACAAUAAUUGUUUCCGAGUGGAAGGAGGCGGUGGCUGUGGUGGAGGAAAAGCAGCGACCCCAGCAGCAAGAGCAGGAGCAGGAAGCAGCAAAAAACCAACCGGGUCAGCAUGCGAAGGCUGAAAAAGAGAAGAAUAGUCCGCAAAACACUGGCGGCAAUGAUGACUUUGAUGCUUUUUUGGAAGAGCAUUUGUCCACAUAG